AUGUCGCUCAUCGUGCCGGCUCCGCAAGUCGGCGGGCCGAAUCGGUCCCGAGCUAAAGCCGUCGGCAUCGUCCUCCUCGUUGGCUCAUGCGGGCUCGCCGCCACCCUCCUUCCUCGAGGCCGCGGCGGCAACAACAAGAUCACUGCCCCUGCAGUGCUCGAGAAGUGGGGUGGUGGCAUUGACAAGAACUCUGAGGAGUACAAGAUUGCACGCUUCCUAUUUGACGACAUCCAGCAUGUCCUCUGCCCCGGCCUCUGCGUGUUUGGCGUUUGUGCAGCGGCCGGAUGCCCCGCGUUGAUGGAGGCGGGGUGGUCGUCUCUGGAUUCGGCGGAAAAGGUUGAGGCAACAACCGUCUACUACGGCGCGAAGAAAACCGUCUUCAUGAUCCGCGGCAGCCGCGUCGACCUGCUGGCCCAGGGGCGCGAGCAGCCGCCGCGCGACGCACUGGCGCGCCUCGGCAUCUCGGUCGACGCCGGCGACGCCGGCGCGCUUCCCGAGCAGUCCGACUCAAUCGAGUCGUCCCGGCUGCUGCUGCUGCACUGCAUCCGCCGGCUGGGCGGCGGCCGCUCGCGGACGUCGGAGCUGGCUGCGACGCUGCGGUCGCGCCUCCUCUCCUCGCUGCGCGGCGACUCCAUCGCCUGCCGCAACCGCGCCCUCUUCCUGGUGGGUGUCCUCUCGGGCGACGGCGACUGCGCAGCGGCGCUGGCCAGCGCGGGCGCGGUCGGCGAGCUGUGCGAUCUGCUGCGGCAGGGCGCGCCGCGCGCGCCAUCUCUGAUCGAGCGCCAGUGGGCCCUCGUCUCGCUCAGCCACCUCGCUGGCGCCGCCCCGGGCCACGCCCGGCUCUUUGUCAAGGCGCGAGCCGGCGAGCUGCUGGCGGAGACGCUCCGCAGCUGCGCGUCGCAGCUCGGCGCCUCGCAGCCUGGCGCUUCGCACCUCGGUGCGCGCGAGGCGCCCACGGCGGCGGAGGCCUGCUCAGGCGGGGAGGCGCCGUGCGCGACGUCGCCGGCGGCCGCUGCCUCUGGCGGGGAGGAGGCGGCGGUGGCGGCGGCGAGUGAGGCGGCAGCGGAGAGCGAGGCGGCGGCGGCGGCGAGCGGGGCGGCAGGGGGGUCCUCGGUGGAGGCGGCGGCAGUACCAGCGCAGGCGCAGGCGCAGGCGGGUAGUGGCGGCGGCGGCGGCGGCGGUGGCGGCGGCGGCGGCGGCGGUGGCGGCGGCGGCGGCGGUGGCGGCGGCGGCGGUGGCGGCGGCGGCGGCGGUGGCGGCGGGGCUAGCGGCGCGGGUGCGGCGUCUGCCUCGCAGAGCGGCGAGACGGACGCGGAGCGCGAGCGCGCGGCGUUGGGGCUGUGCUACGUCAUCUCUGCGGUGGUGGCCAACCUCAGCCUCGACCGGCAGGGCGCCAAGGAGGUGUCGACGAGCGGGCUGCUGUCGGCCCUCGUGCCACUGCUCCUCGCAAAGCGCGCCACCGGAUCCCCGCGGCUCCUCAGCUAUGACUCGGCCACACCUCUCGGCCACGGCCCGCCCUCUAGGCGCGCCACCGUCUCCCUGCCCUCGGCGCGGUGGCUCUGCACCCACAGCCGCACAGGGCUGCACAACGCCUCGCUCGGCGGCGGCGCCGCGCGCGCGAUGCUCAACUUCGCCUACCGCGGGCACGAGACCGCGCGGAUGCUCCUCUCCGUCGGCGCGCUGCCGCGGCUGCUGGCCUUGGAGGACACGCCCGAGGCGUCCGACAAGGUGCGCGAGAUUGCGCAGCGAGCCGCUGCCUACUUGGCCGAGGUGUCAACGUACGUAUCGCGCGCGGCGUCCUCGUGCAGCGGCGACGACGACGCCGACAACGCCGACAACGCGCCCGCCGACGGCGCGGAAAGCGCGCCGCCCGCGCCGUCGCCAGCGCCGCCUGUAGCCCCUCCGCCCGCGCAGCCACACGCGGCGGCGGCGGCGGCGGCGGUUGUGGCGGCUGUGGCGGCGCCGACGGGCGCUGGCGGCGAAGCGGCGGAGGCGGAGGCUGAGGGAGAGGCGGAGAGAGUGGCCUUGCGCGGGAAGGAGGGUGGUCAGUCCGCCCCGUCGACGGCGGCGUCGCUCCUCCGCCGCAGCCUGACGCCGCCCGCCGAGGCGCUGCUCCAGGCGCCCCCGGGAGGGUGGGAGGCGCUGCGUUGCUCCCAAUCCGCCGCUUCCGUCGCUACCGGCGGCGGCGGAGGCGCGUCCUGGGAGCCGGUGCACCACAUUCACGACCCCGCGACGGUCGCCGCCUUCGACCGCGGCGCGGAGGCGGCCGGUCUGUACCCCGACUGGGCGUGGUCGCUCGACGCCGCGGGCGCCGGCUGGUCUUGCGUGCCGCUCGACAUAGCCGCCGCCGCCGGCCGGCGGGGGAGGGAGGGCGGGUCGGCGCGGCGGGCGAGGCCGCGCACGCUCCCUCCCAACUGGCCGGCCGGGGUGGUCUACGCGCCCUUCCUGCUCUGGGUGGAGCCGGCGGUGGGUGGGGCGCGCGCCGACGCCGCCGACGCCGCCACCGACGCUGCCGGUUUGGCGUCGGCACGGAUGGAGAUGGCGCAGUGGCGGUGCAUGGGCGGAGUCUCAAUACAGCCGCUGCCGCCAAAGCACCCCGCCGCGGCGCCGGUGGGAGCGGCGGGCGCGUCGGCGGGCGCGUUCGGCCUCUUUGCCUCCGUCACCCUGCCGUGCGGAGCCGUGCUGGGCAACUACACCGGCCUUCGCGCGUACGACACCUCGCGCUACCUGGUGGAGGUGUGCGAGCGGCGGACGGGGCGCCGGUUCGACAUCGACGCGGCCAAGUACGGCAACGAGACGCGUUUCAUCAACGACUACACGGGCAUCGCGCCUCAGCCGAACGUAGCCUUCGUGCUGCACUACGCGGCUGGGGCCGGCGAAGUUGCCGUCUCGGUGGAGCUGCUCGUUGACUACGGCUGCCAGUUCUGGCUGGAUGAGAGCGCAGAGGAGAGCGCGGGGAGCAGCCCGGGCUCGAGCCGCAGCCGCAGCCCACCGCCGCCCGGAGAAGCAGUGGCGAUGGACACGGCUGAGGUGGAGGCGGAGGCGGAGACAGAGACGGCGGCGGAGGCGAACGCGGCGGCGUCAGUUGCGACAUUCGCAGACGCAGCGGCGACGAUUGCGGAGACGGGGGCAUCGGACGAGGCCGUGCAGAUCGAGGUAGAGGAGGAGGCCGAGGAGGAGGAGGCGCGCCCGCCGGACGGCGCCUCUCGUUUUACGCGAGAGCGCAGGGCGCCGCAGGUCUUCCUCGCCGAGCCGGCGCCGCCGCCGAGAGCACUCGCCGCCGCGGCUCGCGCGGCAGCCGCAUCUGGGGGCUAG